AUGGCAACCGAAGAUAAAAACAGCAAGCAUCAACCUGAUAGAUCACUAGAUGAUAUCUUAAGAGGGAAGGUAUAUAUUGAAGAACUCCCUCCGGAUAUAGAACCUAUUAGGAGGUUGCUGGAGAAAUAUAGCGGCAUUCGCACUAGAGACAUCGACGAUCAUGUUCAUGAAAUACGAGAUCGUCUCUGGGAGAUUUAUCCUUAUGUUUACAUCGGCCACUUUCGUUUCCUUUCCCUUGGGUUCACAUUAGAUCCUCGGUACCGGAUAGCCUUAAAUCGGUUACUCGCGCCCAAGUCGGAGGCUACAUUUCUCGAUGUGGGCUGCUGCGUGGGACAGGUAUUGCGACAACUCACAUUUGAGGGUGUAGAUUCAUCGAGACUGUACGGCACGGAUUUGGAACCACGCUUUCUAGACGCGGGUUACGAUUUAUUUAAGGACCGAGACAAGCUCAAUUCUACGUUUGUAGCUGGUGACAUGUUGAGCCAGAACGGACAGAUAGACGAAGGCGAUGAAAGGUUAAAGGUGUUCGACGGCAAGAUGAAUAUCAUCCACGCGACUAGCUUUUUCCACCUGUUCUCAUGGGAAAAUCAAGUCCGGGCCUCCAGGAGAAUGGUGCGAUUUCUCGACUCGGACGACCCUGAUGUCAUGAUUUUCGGACGCCAAGUGGGAACGACAAUGCCCGGCGAUAGAGAAGGGGCUGGAGGUUCUAAGAAGUUCUUGCAUAACGCUGUAAGCUGGCAAGAAUUAUGGAACGAGGUCGGAAAAGCAACAGGGACCGCGUGGCGGACUGAGGUGAACGAGAUGGAUGAAUCUGACAUACAUCCAGACGGUAGUACCGACGGAACGCUUCGGCGCAUACGGUUCGGAGUUUUUCGGGCUUGA